UUCUCGGCUGUCUCGAGAUUAUGUGACUGGGUCUAAACUGUCAAAGGACCAUCACUUUGAUGUGCUUAAGUUUGACUUUUGAGCUGUUGUAGGUCUGAGCAGAAAAUAUUGGACUAACGUUUGGUUCUGCAGUUGGUCAUUAUGUGUGGAAGACGUGCAUUCAGGCUUUCUCUGCUUCUGCUGGUGUGGGGUGUGUGCACAGCCUUUGAAGAGAUUCAAGUGAAAACAUUGGAAACAGGAGCAGAUUUACACACUCUCGCCUGCCCAAACCAAACCAUUCAUGAAAUGAUUUAUGCAAUAUGUAAGAUAGAUAGAGUGAUAAGUGGUGGGAAUGAGUGUCAAGUGUCCUUUCGGUUUGACCAAAAUGGUACCAACAGCACUUGUGACUCCAGAGUCACACUACAGACAGAGAAUGACAGAGUGUUUCUAUACAUCACCAACAUUCAACCAUCUGAUGAAGGGAACUACACCUGUGAGUGUGUAAAUCAUAGAGGAAUAAAUGUUUUGCAUCUCAACGUUUCUGUCAAUGGACCCCAUGUCACAAACAACCUUUCUUUCCAUUUCAUGAUAAUAACAGCCUUUGCAGGAUUUGUAGCCGUCAUUUUCCUUGCUGGAAUAAUCAUGAGGAAAUGUCAUCUCAGCAGGAGAACACAGCAGAAAGCAGGGAACACCUUUAAAGAGGAGGAGCAGCAGGACAUUGAGCCCUACAGCACGUUCACAGGGAGAGACAAUGGGCUUUACUCAACACUCCAGCUGCCACAUUCUAACCCCUGACCCUCUGGCUCCGUUGCCCAAUGACGACAUGGCAUUAUACACCUUUUUCUAUCACUAGGGGUUAAAUAGUAUUUCACCAGCCCUGGACAUACAACUGCACAGUAUAUUCAUUUAUUGUAUGUCUUGAUUACUGUAACGCCCCUAUUUUUACAGUUGAUACACUUCACUUUUAUACAUAGCUCCAUUGAUUGGUUACUGACACCUGGCUGAAUAGAUCCUACACUGAACAAAAAUAUAAACGCCACAUGUAAAGUGUUGGUCCCAUGUUUCAUGAGCUGAAAUAAAAAAAA